CCGCACACGCACCACCACAAUAUCUGCACCGCGCCUUCUGGUGAGAGUACGUGCAUGCGUUGUUCUUGCCGGCAUUUGUAGGUUGUAGUGCGUGUGGCGAGCAUGGAGCUCCCCAACGCCGCCCUCGUGCUGAUCCUCGCCGCGGCGGCCACGCUCUCCGUCGCAGUGGCCUACGACCCGCUGGAUCCCAACGGGAACAUCACCAUCAAAUGGGACGUCCUGUCGUGGACGCCAGACGGAUACGUCGCGACGGUGACGAUCAACAACUUCCAGACGUACCGGCAGAUCAUGGCGCCGGGGUGGACGGUGGGGUGGACGUGGGCGAAGCGGGAGGUGAUCUGGUCCAUGGUGGGCGCGCAGGCCACGGAGCAGGGCGACUGCUCCAAGUUCAAGGCCAACCUCCCGCACUCGUGCAAGCGCACCCCCGCCGUCGUCGACCUGCUCCCCGGCGUGCCCUACAACCAGCAGAUCGCCAACUGCUGCCGCGGCGGCGUCGUCUCCGCCUACGGCCAGGACCCGUCCGGCGCCGUCUCCUCCUUCCAGGUCAGCGUCGGCCAGGCCGGCACCACCAACCGCACCGUCAAGGUGCCCAAGAACUUCACCCUCCUCGGCCCCGGCCCCGGCUACACCUGCGGCCCCGCCAAGGUCGUGCCCUCCACCGUCUUCCUCACCGCCGACCACCGCCGCAAGACCCAAGCACUCAUGACGUGGAACGUGACGUGCACCUACUCGCAGCACCUGGCGUCCAAGUACCCGACGUGCUGCGUCUCCUUCUCCUCCUUCUACAACGACACCAUCGUGCCCUGCGCCAAGUGCACCUGCGGCUGCGAGCACAAGACCUGUGCCCGCAGCGAGCGGGACUCGAAGCGGCUCAUGUCGGCGUCGGGCAAGAGCGCGGUGACCGCGCGCGGGCACGUGAACCGCCAGAGCGCGGCGCCGCUGCUGCAGUGCACCACGCACAUGUGCCCCGUGCGCGUCCACUGGCACGUCAAGCUCAACUACCACGACUACUGGCGCGCCAAGGUGACCGUCACCAACUUCAACUACCGCAUGAACUACACCGGCUGGACGCUCGUCGCCCAGCACCCCAACCUCGACAACAUCACCGAGGUCUUCAGCUUCGACUACAAGCCCGUCGUCUCCUACGGCUCCAUCAAUGACACGGCGCUGUUCUACGGGAUGAAGUUCUUCAACGACCAGCUGAUGGAGGCGGGGCCGUACGGGAACGUGCAGUCGGAGGUGCUGAUGCGUAAGGACGCGAGCACCUUCACCUUCAGGCAGGGGUGGGCGUUCCCGCGGAAGAUCUAUUUCAACGGCGACGAGUGCCGGAUGCCGCCGCCGGACUCCUAUCCUUACCUGCCCAACUCCGCGCCGGCAUCGCUCCUGAGCUCGGCCUCCGCCGUGAUCGUUGCCUUCUUGGUUCUCCUCAUGGCAUGAGCGUGAGAGGCGGCCAUGAUGUUUUGCCUGUACUAGAUAGGAGGAGAACACGUUUUGGGAUUCAAGAUUGAGAUCGGUGGUGUUUUAAUUUGGAUACAUAAUUGAACUCAAGUUUUUCCCCCUUC